CGGAGGGGGUGUGUGCGGGGGGCCGGAGGCGGCGGCUGUCAGAGUCGGCUCAGCCUGCGCCGGGGAACAUCGGCCGCCUCCAGCUCCCGGCGCGGCCCGGCCCGGCCCGGCUCGGCCGCCUCAGCAGAGCCUGCCUGCCCUGGCAGCCAUGAGGCCCCCCUGGUGUCCCCUGUACACGCCCUCCCUGGCUGCCCCAAUUCUUCUCCUCCUCCUCUUCCUCCUGGGAGGAGGGGCAGAGGCUGAGGACCCAGAGCUGCUGGUGACGGUCCGUGGGGGCCAGCUGCGGGGCGUCCGCCUAAUGGCCCCUGGAGGCCCUGUCUCUGCUUUUCUGGGCAUCCCCUUUGCAGAGCCACCUGUGGGCCCCCGUCGCUUUCUGCCACCGGAGCCCAAGCGGCCCUGGCCAGGGGUGCUGGACGCCACAGCCUUCCAAAGUGUCUGCUACCAAUAUGUGGACACCUUGUACCCUGGCUUCGAGGGUACCGAGAUGUGGAACCCCAACCGCGAGCUGAGUGAGGACUGUCUCUACCUCAACGUAUGGACACCAUACCCCCGGCCUGCGUCUCCCACCCCUGUCCUCGUCUGGAUCUACGGGGGUGGCUUCUACAGUGGGGCCUCCUCCCUGGACGUGUAUGAUGGCCGCUUCCUGGCCCAGGCUGAGGGGACCGUGCUGGUGUCCAUGAACUACCGAGUAGGAGCCUUUGGCUUCUUGGCCCUACCAGGGAGCCGGGAGGCCCCAGGCAACGUGGGUCUACUGGACCAGAGGCUGGCACUGCAGUGGGUACAGGACAACGUGGCAACCUUCGGAGGAGACCCAAUGUCAGUGACUCUGUUUGGGGAAAGCGCCGGUGCCGCCUCAGUGGGCAUGCACCUGCUGUCGCCUCCCAGCCGGGGCCUGUUCCACAGGGCUGUGCUGCAGAGCGGUGCACCCAAUGGCCCCUGGGCCACAGUGGGUGUGGGAGAGGCCCGCCGCAGGGCCACACUGCUGGCACGCCUCGUAGGCUGUCCCCCGGGCGGUGCCGGUGGCAAUGACACAGAGCUGGUCGCCUGCCUGAGGACACGGCCAGCUCAGGAUCUGGUGGACCACGAGUGGCACGUGCUGCCUCAGGAAAGUGUCUUCCGCUUCUCCUUCGUGCCCGUGGUGGAUGGAGACUUCCUCAGUGACACACCCGAGGCCCUCAUCAAUGCUGGAGACUUCCACGGCCUGCAGGUGCUGGUGGGUGUGGUGAAGGAUGAGGGCUCCUAUUUUCUGGUUUACGGGGCCCCAGGCUUCAGCAAAGACAACGAAUCUCUCAUCAGCCGGGCCCAGUUCCUGGCCGGGGUGCGGGUCGGGGUCCCCCAGGCGAGUGACCUAGCUGCCGAGGCUGUGGUCCUGCAUUACACAGACUGGCUGAACCCUGAGGACCCCGCACGCCUGAGAGAGGCCAUGAGUGACGUGGUGGGCGAUCACAACGUCGUGUGCCCCGUGGCCCAGCUGGCUGGGCGACUGGCUGCCCAAGGUGCUCGGGUCUAUGCCUACAUCUUUGAACACCGUGCGUCUACGCUCUCCUGGCCCCUCUGGAUGGGGGUGCCCCAUGGCUACGAGAUCGAGUUCAUCUUUGGGCUCCCUCUGGAACCCUCGCUAAACUAUACCGCCGAGGAGAGAACCUUUGCUCAGCGACUGAUGAGAUACUGGGCCAACUUCGCCCGCACAGGGGACCCCAAUGACCCCCGAGACCCCAAAGUCCCGCAGUGGCCACCCUACACGGCGGGCGCGCAGCAGUAUGUGAGCCUGGACCUGCGGCCGCUGGAGGUUCGGCGAGGGCUGCGCGCCCAGGCCUGCGCUUUCUGGAACCGCUUCCUACCCAAAUUGCUCAGCGCAACCGACACGCUGGACGAGGCGGAGCGCCAGUGGAAGGCAGAGUUCCACCGCUGGAGCUCCUACAUGGUGCACUGGAAGAACCAGUUUGACCAUUACAGCAAGCAGGAUCGCUGCUCAGACCUGUGACCCAGACUGGACCCCCACGUCUCCCCGCCCUGCCCGCCCCGCCCGGCCCCCUAGCUGUAUAUACUAUUUAUUUAAGGGCUGGGAUAUAACACAGAGAAGCCCACCUCCCCGACUUUCCCCGGAGGCUCCCCGUCCUCUGCAUGUUUCGGGCCGAGCCCCCCUCCACCCCCACCCCCCCCCCCCCCCCCGCGGUGCCUUGGCCCCUCUGGGCUGCCAAUAAACUGUUACAGCCACAGGAGUGUGCGCGACUAGGGAGCGGGGAGAGGGCCUCAAACACCAGGACUGAGUAGACGGAGGGGCGGGUGCAGAGCUAGGUGAACUUGCGGAUCUCUGUAGUGGGGCGGAGCGCGCCCGCUCCCACCGCCCCGCCCCGCCCCGCCCCAGGAGGCGGGGCUCGCGGCCGCGCAGUAACCACGACGGCGGCGCGGCGGUGCAUUGUGGGAACCUCGGGGAUCGCUGUCUUCUCAGCCCACGCGGGUCGUGCCUCUGCUGCCGCCACCGGAGACCGGGCGAGAGCGUCCGCAGAGCCCGCGCUCCGGUCCUGCCUGCGACUAGCCCAACACCCAGGGUAGAGAGGGAGAGUUGGAGCCGGAGUUCCCUCCGCGCCGCCAGGACACAUCAGCCUGGUCUCGGCCACCGCCGCGCCCGCCGACCGCCCUGGAGCCGCUGAAGGACGUCCACCUGGGCCUGGCCCCGCCUGGCCGCGGCCCCGCCCGCCUGGCCCUCCUCUCGGGCCACUACCUUUACUAUCACUACGGCUGCGACGGCUUGGACGACCGGGGCUGGGGCUGCGGCUACCGCACCCUGCAGACGCUGUGCUCAUGGCCAGAGGGCCGGCCCGCGGGCGUGCCCGGGCUGGCCGAAGUGCAGGCGGCCCUGGAGGACAUGGGCGACAAGCCCCCCGGGUUCCGGGGCUCCCACAGCUGGAUCGGUUGUGUAGAAGCCAGUCUCUGUCUCGACCACUUCGGAGGGCCCCAGGGGCGCCUAUGUCACAUACCCCGUGGAGCAGGGCUUCAGGGGGAACUGGAGAGGCUUUACUCCCACUUCGCAGGGGGCGGGGGGCCUGUAAUGGUUGGGGGGGAUGCGGACGCCCAGUCCAAGGCCUUGCUGGGGGUUUGCCUGGGAUCAGGCCCGGAAGCCUAUGUUCUGAUAUUGGACCCUCACUUCUGGGGUGCCGCGAAAAACCCUAGUGAACUACAGGCUGCUGGGUGGGUGGGAUGGAGAGAGGUGGGCACAGCCUUUGACCACAACUCCUUCUACAACCUGUGUUUGACCAGCCGCAACUCCCAAAAGCAGCAGCACGCACUGGACUGAGGCUAAGGUCCCAGAACUGAGAGGUCUCUGGCCCCAAACACAGUCACCUACCCCCUUUCUUAAACGUAAAAGCUACCCUGGGCCUUUGAAGUCUAUAAAAUGGAUGGCCCGAGCCCAUCUUGGGGGGGGGGGGGGGGGGAGAAUUUGGGGUGGUAUGUAAUAAACAGUCAGUCACUAUGGAAGUGCUUUUAUUGGCAGUAGGGUUGAAAGUACAAAAAUUUCUCAACUGGAUGGGAGGAGGCAGUCACAAGUAUAGACGAUACCAGGAAUGAGGAAAAGCU